AUUUAGUUUUUCUUGGCUGAAAUUUUCUAGAAAUGAAAGUUCAACAGCAGCUUGCAAAAAUACAUCAUAAUGUGAAGCGAUUCCAGGGCCAGCUCAAAGACGUCAAACCUACUCCAGAAUUUAUAGAAAAAUUGAGGGAAGUAAUGGAAGAGGUUGAAGAUGCAAUUAGUGAAUUCAAAGAAGAACAGCGGGAGAUAUAUGAAGACCUUUUGAUAAAAGAAAAAAAUGCUACUCAGCAAAUUUCAACUACAGAACAAAAAAUGGAAAUAUGGGCCAGGAAUCCACCAGAGAAACCAAAGGCUGCCUUAGCAAAAGGAUCAUCAGUUAAUUCUGAUACAGACAAUAUGCUGGUAGAAAUUGCAGAGUUCAAACAAUUCGUUCAGCGGACAGGUCGCCAAGGUGGCUGGGAUGAUUUUGAUCAUAAGAACUUUCUUAAAGUAUGGAUAAAAUGCAAAGGAAACCCUUCCUUUAUUGAAGAGGCUUUGCAGUACCUGGUGGGAAGGACUCGAGAAGACAUAAUUCAGCAUGAACAAUGGUAUCAAGAGUUUCUCUUUCUUGAAAAGAGGCAGAGAGAGGCUAUUCAGAAAUGGAGAAUAGAGAAGCAACAAGAAAAAACAAAGUUGAUGAGGAUGCAAGCACAGAAUGAAGCUCAACUAGAUACAGACAAACGGGCAAAAGAAGUAGCUAAACAACUUAAGUUUGAGAAAGAGAGAAAAGAAAAAGAUUUCCGGCUCCAGAUGUGGAAGAAAGCGAAGGAAAAGGAGUUUGCUCAAGAUAGAGAAAAACAAAUGAAAGAAGAUGCGGAGAAAUUGAAAAAGCAAAGAAAGGAAAACCAAAGGCGGUAUAAAGCGAAGAAAAUACUCGAAGUUUAUGUUCAACAAAAGGAGGAGGAUAAGGAGUUUCAGAAACUGGAAUCCCAAAUGAAAGAGCAAGCUGAAAGAGAAGAAAAUCUAUGGCUUGUGAAAAGAGGAAUGUCCAAGUUUCAAGAGAGAGAUUUUCUCAAAUUGGAGUUCAAAUUAUCAGAAAAGCAAACAAAGAAAGAGUUGGAGGAUGAGCGAGAGAAGAGAUUUGCCAAGCUUAAAGAGAAGGUUGAAGCUCAAAUACAACAUGACCCAUCAAGACUAUUCAAACCUACCAAAGGUUGGGAAGAACACACAAAAAAUACAGGGAAAUCUGAUGGUGGGCCUAUGUUGCAUCUUCCUCACCGGGCUAUUCCUAGUUGGCGGAAAGGGAUAUAAAGAUAUUGUUUUACAAGUAUUUACAUUAAAUAGUGAUUGUAUGUUAUCUUCAUUGUUAAAUAAAUUGCAAAACAGUUGAAGAAAA